GCGAGGUCGUGUCGUCACGUGCACCGGCAUAUCCGUCCGUUUAUGCGAGAGAGAUACCUCAUCCCCUUCGUGAAGGAUGGCAUCUAGGAGGAUGGCUCCUCGCUGGUAUAUAUCUGCCCGUAGACUUCGUCCUGAUGCCAGUUCUCUCUAGUCGAGGAUCAUCCAGCUCGUGGGUGCGCGCGACUUAUCGUACCUCCGGCUAGUCACUUCGAAUUUCGAGUCGCGUGUCUCUCGCGUGAUUUCGAGAAUACGAAGUGUUUGUGAUUUAGUCCCCAAUUGUCCAGCCAAGCGUUCGCCAAGCGUUGGAAAGCGAAUUCGAGUCCAACAUGUUGACGACUAAAAAUUUAUCCAAGUGCGUGCUGCUGUUGUUAGCCUGCGGUGCAACUAUUCACGCCGAUGAGGACGGUAGUUUCCUUGAACGAGGAUACCGUGCCCUUUAUCGCGUUUACGAGGAGUGUGAGCAUCGCAAUGUGGCCGUAUCGCCGUGUUUGAAGAAAAAGGCGAUCGCCUUCUUCGAGAGACUCGGUCGUAUACAGACUCUACCGAUCAGCGAUAAUCUCGAGCUGGUCAGAGUCGCAUCUCCGGUGGACGACAGCUCGAGAAACACGGUCUCGGAUCUGGAGAAGACUUUGGCCAGGACCAAUGGAGGUGCCACGGACGAAAUACUCAACGAGCUUCUGUUCGAGCGCGUGGCCGCGCUGAUGAACAGUUUCAAUGUCCAAAUCAGCUUACCAAAGACAAAUUCCGGUGAAUUGAAACGAAGUAUCGAGGAGGGCCGUGGGAAGAUGAAGAAGAUGAUGGGCAUGAUGAUGAUGGGAAUGGCGAUGAAACUCGCUGCGUUAGUUCCCAUCGCUAUGGGCGUAUUAUUCUUGCUUGCCGGCAAAGCUCUGAUCAUCAGCAAGAUCGCUUUGGUGCUGUCGCUGAUCAUCGGUCUGAAGAAAUUAUUGAGCCAAAAGCAAGGUCACGAUCACGGUGGCUGGCAGUCCGGUGGAGGUGGAUGGGACAGAAGUCUCAAGGGAGUUGUAGGCACAUCUGUACCAUCAUUGACGGAAGCCGAUCGCGAGUAUGCUCAAACCUUGGCUUACAGCGCGCGGCAGAAGCAUUAAAGCGAUUCGCUGCAAAAGGGAA